AGAUUGGGAGCAGAAGAGUUUCAAUAUCAAAGCAAGGGAAGAUGAUUUCGGGACAGAAGAGUGGAGCAGUUUUAUCCUUCUUUGUCAGCAGUUAACUUUUAGAAGAUGGUAGCCAUGACUGCACCUAUAAACAGUGAAUAUACUGAGAAUACUACUUACCAAAUUGAUCUGUGCUGACUUGUUGUCUGCCUGGGCUCUCAUGUCUGUAACCACCUUAUUUUCUUUCUUUUCUACUUGGUUAUAAGCUUUAUAACUAGGGGCUACCUAUCUGUACUGUAUUUGUAAACCACAACUUUUGCAAUUUCAAAACUUUUUGGUGUGAUCUUUACUGUACCUUAGAAUUUUUCCCUUCUUAACAGGUGUCAGAUAUUAUUAUUAUUUUAUUUAUUUAUUUAAUUAUUUAUUUGUUUCUACUUUGGGGAGAAUGACACAGCCUCUAGAGAACUAUUUGCCAAUGUCCUUGUGAAAAGAAUUACUCUUACAACAGCUCCUCUGCAUAAAUAAAUAUUUGGGAUAAGAAAAAUUUAUCCUUACUUAACAGGGUGGAAUUUGAGGGCUGGAUACAGCUGUGUUGUAUAUACAAAACAAGAAAUGUUGCCAAGCUUCAAGAGGAAAGAACUGUGAGGAGAACAUGUGCACUGGUUGAUCACACCAGUUAUUGGACUGGUGAACAUGUGUUGGCAGUUGGACCACCAGGGAUACCAUUUAUUGGAAAAUCAUGGCACAGGUGAAAAUGGUCAUAAUCAGAUCUUCAAUAAAGCCAGAUAUCCUAUGAUGAAGCACUGGAAUGUUAGCAGAGUCCAGCUAUGAGCUGCAAGGGGAAGUGGCUGACCUGGCAGACAGAAAAGUUGUGCACUGCAUUUUGCAUAGUGACUGUGAGGGAGUCCCUUUGCAAAAUGUAUGUGAGCCUUUAUAAGAGCAAUUUAAGCAGGUCCGUGCUGCUUUCGCCGUCUCGGCCGUUCAGCAAGCUCCCAUCACGACACGACGAACUCUCACACUUGCCGGAGCCGCUCUUGUUUUGAAUGGAAGCCCCAAGGACACCUGCAGCCCAGGUACAGCCGGGGGUGGUCUGGCGCAGGUAGGCGGGCCGGAGGCUGCCACGGCGGGAGGAGCAGCUCCGCGGCUCUGCCGUGGCCACCCACGCCUCACCCCCAUCCCGGGGCUCCGGGGGCGUCCCCCUCCGGCCGCCCGGCCUCUCUCCGCCGCCGCCAACUUCAAGGCGGCACAAGCGCUGGAGUCCGCAUGGCUCCAUAAACACGGGCGGGCUCAAAGGGGCGGCGGGGCCGGGCCGGGCGCCGCCGCAGUAGGACGCGCUGGCGGCAUUGGACCGCCCUUCUUCCCUCCUCUCCUCCCUCCCUCCCGCCGCGGGCAGGGGAGGCCGGGCUGGCUGGGCCCACGUGCGCGGCGCCCGGGAGCCGGAGGAGCGGCGCUGCCAUGUGUUUCCGCGGGCGAGCCGCCGGCCGGGGCACCGCCUGAGCGCCCCCCGCCCGCGAUGCUGCGGGGCGCCGCGGGGCUCUGCGCGACGCGGCCGCCCCCCGUCCCCUCGCCGCCUCCUCCUCCAUGAGCACCUCGGCGGCCCCCGUCAGGCUCAUGCCCGGCGGGCACCCGGAGCAGGCGGCCGCCUGCGCCCCAGCCGCGGGCUCGGCGCCCGACCGGGGCAGCCCCGCUGCCGCUGUGCCCGGCGGCCCCGCUGCCGCCCCGCCGCGUCCCGCGGGCGCCCCGGUGGUGCGGGGGGCCGCUCCCGGGGUCCCGCGGCCGGUGGCGCCCAAGGGGCCGCCCGCGGCCACCCUCCAGUUGCCGGCCAACUUGCAGCUGCCCCCAGGAACUGUUCUUAUCAGAAGCAGUAAUGGCCACCUAAUGCUGGUAUCUCAACAGUCAAUAGGACAGGCACAGAAUCAGACACAGAACAACAGGAGUGUGAGACCAUCUGUGCCAACCAGCACACCUGCAAUCAGAAUAUGUGCUGUGCAGAAUUCUGGCACACAGUUAGUAAAGAAAAUAGCAGCUGCUCCUGUGAAAACGUUAUCUCAAACAACAAAUGCUGUGGUUGCUACUGUUCAGACACCUGCUGUAAUACAGCCAGCAGCUGCAACAGCUAGUGUUACUACAGUUACUGCUGUAAAGCCUUUGAGUACUGGAACACCUGUAAAACUUCCAGUUACAGGACCACCUGCACAAGCUAUCUCCCAAAAGGCAGUCUCUGUGAAAGCAGAGGGCACAACAGUAGCACAGACCAGCGCUUCUACAGAGAUGCUAGAGAAUGUGAAGAAAUGCAAGAAUUUUCUUGCUACGCUAGUAAAAUUGGCGUCUAGUGGACCUCAAGCCCCUGAGAUGGGGCAGAAUGUGAAGAAUCUGGUGCAAAACCUACUGGAAGCAAAAAUUGAACCAGAAGAAUUUACAAAAAAGUUGUACACAGAGCUUAAGUCAUCUCCACAACCAUAUUUAGUUCCUUUCCUCAAGAAAAGCGUUCUUGCCUUACGGCAACUAAUGCCUGAUCCUCAGAGCUUUAUCCAGCAGUGUAUGGAGCAGCCAGCUCCAACCCAAGAAGAGAUUUCCACUUGUCCCUCUGCACUGCCAGCUCCUUCCACAGGAGUGGCAACCUUGGCUGUAGCAACAACUGCUCUUCCAGCAGUAAAACCCGCGCCUGCCUCUGCAGCAGUCACAGCCCCUGUAGUUAUCACACCAGUCCUUGCCAGCACGUCGGCAGCAGCUCCCGUGCAGGCUGUGAAGGCCAUUCCUUCCCCUGCCAUGGGGACAGCGGCGCCCGGGCCCGCAGCUGCCGUCCUCACCACAGCCGUGGCGUCGUCCGGGCUGACCGCUGUCCAACCUGGCAAGCCGGUCUUCACCUCUGCCGUGCCGGCGCCCUCUCUGCAGUCUGCAAAGCCAGUGCUGGUCUCUACAGUGGCGUCUUCAGCAACAACCCCUCUCCGGCCUCUGAAACCAGUCAUUGGAACCCCAAUUGGAAUUAAAAUCUCGCAGCCCAGCUCCAUGGUGGCGCGGUCAGCGGGUGCUCAGCAGGUGGUUAAAGUGAAGCAGCUGGUAGUCCGGCAACCAUCGGGAGCCAUUGUCAAACAAGUAUCCACGCUCCCACAGCCCUCAGUGCUCACCCUACAGACAUCUGCUGAGAAGAAAAUGCCACUGAAUACCCUUGUUCAAACCAACCAGUUUCCUGCAGGUUCCAUUCUGAAGCAAAUUACCUUGCCAAGAAAUAAAAUCCUGUCUCUUCAAGCAUCUCCUGUUCAAAAAGUGAAAAUGAAAGAGAAUGGAGCAACAUCCUUCAGAGAUGAAGAUGACCUAAAUGAUGUGGCUUCUAUGGCUGGGGUUAAUCUCAGCGAGGAGAAUGCCUGCAUUUUGGCAGCAAACUCUGAGCUCAUUGGUACAGUGAUUCAUUCUUGCGCAGAUGAACCAUUUCUGUCUUUGGAAGCUCUUCAGAGUAAGAUCUUGAACAUAGGUAAAAGGCAUGACAUUAUGGAACUUAACUCUGAUGUUGUGAACUUGAUCUCCCACGCUACACAGGAAAGAUUACGAGGGCUCCUGGAAAAACUAACUGUAAUUGCUCGGCACAGAGUAUCAACCCACAAGGGGAGUGAUAAGUACAUCGUAUGUAGUGACACCAGAGCACAACUGAGAUUUCUUGAGAAGCUCGAUCACCUAGAAAAGCAGAGAAGAGAUGAAGAGGAACGUGAAAUGUUGCUUCGAGCAGCCAAGAGCCGUUCCAAUAAAGAAGAUCCAGAGCAACUGCGGUUAAAGCAGAAAGCGAAAGAGAUGCAACAGUUGGAAUUAGCACAGAUGCAGCAAAGAGAAGCCAACCUCACAGCUUUGGCAGCCAUUGGACCAAGGAAGAAAAGACCAUUGGAUUCAUCAAACCUUGGAUCUGGGCUCGAGGGUUUGAACAGCAAUGGAAUUGCUGGAUCAUCAGGUUUUAGCCUUACGAAGCAGAUGCUCUGUCCACGAGUAACCCGUGUCUGUCUCAGGGACUUGAUAUUCUGCAUGGAACAAGAGAGGGAGAUGAAGCAUUCUCUGCGCUUGUACCGUGCCCUUCUGAAGUGAUUUGGAUCUUGCAUUUCACCGUGCUGUCUACUGCCAAAGAUAACACUGAAGCAUUGUUGCACUGUCUUGAAAUUCCAGUUUCUGGAAAAUGAUCCAUUGUAAGGAUAACUCUUGUUUACAGAUAAACAUUUUUAUUAAGUACCUAACUUAGCACCUGUAAGGUUUUUAAUAAUACUUGGCUUAAAUCUGUCUGUAAACCAGUGAAAACACUGAGCUGCACAUAUAAGCACCUGUCUGCUUGCAUUGAACUGUCUUACAAGUUCUGAGGGCUUGAUAAGUGUCCCUGGUUUAUGUAUGCCACUUGCUUCAGUACUCCAGAGUCUGCAACAUGUUCUAUGUGUAGUGCCACCUUCCAACCCCAUCUUAUUUAGGAAAACAAAUAUCAUUAUAAUGGCACAGCAUAGCAUGGCAACUGUGUUUAAUCAUGAACCAGCAGUCAGUAAACAUGUUAAUGUAUUGCCUGUCUGACUCAACAUCUUCUUAAAUUUUCUGGGUUUAGAAUUACUACUGGAUGCUCACUUGUGGAGAUGAAAUAGCAAGUAAAAGGAAUGAGGGGUCCUUUGUACCCCACACUUUGCCUCAAUUGCCCUCAGCCUUUCGUCUGAGAAAGUGACUGAGGGAAGGAGGACAAAUCAUUCACUCUUGUGAUUGAAGUACAUCACACAGUGUAGUUAGGGCAUACUUGGAUGGUCAUGGAAAAUUUGGAGUUACUAAAAAUAAAAGGAGUAAAAAAUCCUAAAAAGGGAGGAUAAACAGAAAAAAACAGUUUAUCUUUUCUGUAGAUACAAAAAAUAGCACUGAACUUGAGCAUAGAUGUGGAAAGAUAUUAACAAAACCUGUUCUGACUAC